AUGGUCAAGUCCCGGCUCGCUGCAGUUGCAGCAUCUCUUCUCCUCCUUCAAACCGCCAAUGCCUCACUCUACAGCAAAUCAUCUCCAGUCCUCCAAGUUGACGGCCGAUCAUAUGACAGUCUGAUCGCCAAGUCAAACCACACAGCCAUUGUCGAGUUCUACGCGCCAUGGUGUGGCCACUGCAAGAGCCUGCAGCCAGCCUACGAGAAGGCCGCCAAGUCACUAGCUGGACUCGCCAAGGUGGCCGCUGUCAAUUGCGAUGAAGAGACGAACAAGCCUUUCUGCGGCACAAUGGGUGUGCAGGGCUUCCCAACGCUCAAGAUCAUCAAGCCGGGCAAGAAGCCAGGCAAGCCGAUCGUCGAAGACUACCACGGACCAAGAGCUGCGAAGGGCAUUGUGGAUGCCGUGAUAGACAAGAUUCCAAAUCAUGUCAAGAAGCUGAAAGAUGCCGAUUACGCUGCUUGGGUGGCAGAGGGAGGUCCAAAGGCUAUUCUGUUCACAGAGAAGGGUAGCGUGAGUGCAUUGCUCAAGGCUACCGCGAUCGACUUCUUGGGCGUGUUGGGCGUUGCGCAAAUCAGGGACAAGGAGACAGAGGCUGUGGAGGCAUUUGGGGUGGAGAAGUUCCCAACGCUUGUGCUGCUACCUGGAGAUGGCAAGGACCCGAUCACUUACGACGGCGAGCUUAAGAAGGAUGCUAUUGUAAAGUUCCUCUCUCAGGCCGCUUCACCAAAUCCAGACGCUGCACCGAAGAAAGAGAAGCCGAAGAGUACCGACAAGGCCAAGGCAUCGAAGUCGUCGUCCAGCUUUGCCAAGUCUUCUGCGUCUCAUGCUUCGGAGGAGGCCAAGACUAAGGCGGCUACACAAACAGAGGAGACGAUUGUGAACGAUCCGACAGACUCGCCUAAGCCCGCGGUGGCAGCGCAGAAGCCGAUCCAGCUUGAACCUGCCAAGCCGAUCGCAUCGUUGCAGGAUGAGGUCUCGCUACAGCAGAAGUGCUUGAACGACAAAGCUGGCACCUGUGUUCUUGCGAUCCUGCCAGAGGAUGAGGUUCCAUCGGAGAAGACGAUUCAGGCGGUCACAAGUCUGAGCGAGCUUCAUCACAAGCACGAGCAAGCUAAGCGUAACCUCUUCCCAUUCUACCAGGUAGCAUCUGUCAACACCCAAGGGGCUGCAAUCCGUAAGCAGCUGGGCCUAUCGUCAUCCGAUGUGGAGGUCAUCGCAACGAACGGCAAGCGUGGUUGGUGGAGGCAUUACACUGGCGGUGAGCUGAGCCUGACCAAGCUCGAGGACUGGGUCGAUGCGAUCCGCAUGGGCGACUCGCCGAAAAAGAGCAUCCCAGAUGGACUGAUUGUUGAUGCUUCUACAUUGCCAGCGGAGGUCAAGGUCGACACUGAGGCGAUGAAGGAGGCGCUGAAGGGAAAGUUGCCGGAGGGAAUGGAGAUGAUGAUGGAGGAGAUUGAUGAUGAGGAGUAUGAGAGAUUGAUGAAUGCGGGUAAGGAGAAGGCGGAGGCGGAGGCGAAGGCUGCGGAUGAUCAUGAUGAGCUGUGA